UAUUUCCAUUUAAGAAAGAUUUACACAUUUGCUCCUCAAAAUAUGCCAGGUGGUUUAGAGGGGAAAAAAGCAAAUAUUGAGAUAAUUUUCUUUUCUUUAUGAUUAUCAAAAUAUAAUUAAUUAAUUACACCAACGAAUUUACAGAACCUUAACAGACAUCCAAGUUUCCCGCUCUGCGUUCCAACCAGUCCAGAUUUUCCCGCGAACCCCUAACUCCAUCCACAUCCCAAUCCGUUCAAUCCAAUUACGUACCUUUACGUUUCAACUCUCAUCCUUAAUCUCCUUCCUCCCCCGUCAUAAUCCUAGUUUGUCCUUUCAUUUCCCAAUUCUUAAUUUCCUUUCUCCAUCCAAAACCAAGGAAAAACCAUGAGCUGGUGGUGGGCAGGUGCCAUCGGCGUUACCAGGAAGAAAUCCGACGUAGACGCCGCCGCACCUCGGACCAAUUACCAGAGCGUUGCCCUGAUCGUGGGAGUCACCGGCAUAGUCGGCAACAGCCUGGCUGAAAUCCUCCCGCUCCCCGACACCCCCGGCGGACCGUGGAAAGUCUACGGUGUUGCCCGCCGCCCCCGUACCGCCUGGAGCGCCGACCACCGCAUGCGCUACAUCCAAUGCGACGUCGCCGACGCCGCCGCCGCGAAAUACAAGCUUGCCCAGCUAAACGACGUUACCCACAUCUUCUACGCCACGUGGGCCCGCUGCUCCACGGAGGAGGAGAAUUGCCGGGUCAACUCCCAAAUGUUCCGCAACGUCCUCCAGGCGGUGGUCCCCAACGCGCCCAACCUCCGCCACGUGUGCCUACAGACGGGCGUGAACCACUACGUGGGCCCCAUCAGGUCGCCCGAACCCGGCCCAAGACCCGAACCGCCUUUCACCGAGGAUCUGCCCCGUUUGAGAUCCCCAAAUUUCUACUACUCCCUUGAAGACGUCUUGUUCGAGGAGACGGCGGCGAGGAAGCAGGGCCGGCCGCUGACGUGGUCCGUCCACCGCCCGGGCCAGAUCUGGGGGUUCUCGCCGUACAGCCUGAUGAACGUGAUCGGGUCCCUGUGCGCGUACGCCGCCAUAUGCAAGCACGAAGGGAGGCCGCUGAUUUUCCCCGGAUCGGAGGCGGCGUGGAAGGGGUACUCGGCGGCGUCGGACGCGGAUCUGGUGGCGGAGCACCAGAUCUGGGCGGCAGUGGACCCGAACGCGAAGGACGAGGCGUUCAAUGUGAUGAAUGGGGACGCGUUCAAGUGGAAGCAGCUGUGGAAGGUGCUGGCGGAGCAGUUCGGGAUUGAGAAGCAGGGGAUGGAGGAGGCGGAGGAGAGGCGGCGAGUGGGGCUGGCGGAGAUGAUGAAGGGGAAGGAGAAGGUGUGGGAGGAGAUUGUGAGGAAGAACGAUCUGGUGGCGACGAAGCUGGAGGAGGUUGGGAACUGGUGGUACGUGGAUGAGGUGCUCGGCGGCGAUGGCGAAGGCGGCGGUGGAGGUGAAGGCGGUGGGAUGAUGAUGAGUAUGAAUAAGAGUAAAGAGCAUGGGUUUUUAGGGUUCAGGAAUUCGGAUCGCUCGUUUGUUGCUUGGAUUGAUAAAUUGAAGGCUUUCAGGAUUGUGCCUUGACACAGAAUGAACGCCAGCGGCCAUAAUGCACAAAAACAAAAUGAAUACAUUUUUGAACUUCUGAUUCUUAUAACAUUAAUUUUUCUUUAUGACAGGUUAUAACUUUUAACUUGAAGGUGAAUUAUAAAAUGAUAAUAGACAUGUCGAACUGAAUUGUUUAAAGUUGUAUCGUAAUGUAAAUUUUAUGUCGUUAAUUGUGUGUUCUAGAGUGUUUGGAAUUGGCCUGUUUUCCAAAUUCCAAUUAUGGUGUUAUGAGUUAUGACUUAUAAAUUAUGAUUGCUUGUAAUUGGAGUCCAGUCUGGUUGUAGUUUUACUAUUUUCAUAUGUAAUCACUAAGGUGGCUAGGCUUUAUCACGAUUAAAACUACUUGAAUAGUGAAUUAGGUGGUUCAUUAUGUGGAUGCUGACAAGCUCAAUCGUAAUUUGUUUUGGUUAAAAAUUGAAAAACAAAUUGUGUUCUUAUAUGAAUGCAACGUUACAAAGUUCAUAUCGUUUUUAAUCAUUCUUUUGAUUGACAAAGAUUUUCAUGUGACUUAUCAGGAUAAAAGCAAAAAAUUCUU